AUGUCUAAAAGGACUGUCUUUACAACAGUGACGCCGUUACCAUCAGGUAUCACACGAGAAACAGUGAUGGAAACUUUGCGCUCGCACACUGAAAUGAUAGAUUUGAAUCCUCUCGUAGAAGAGCGACACCCGAUCAAACCCCCACAAAAUGCUACUGCGGAGGAAUAUCAUUGCUUAUGGUACUCUUUAACUGAUCGAGUACAAUACCUUCCUGGAGGACUGAUGUCUGGCAAAGUUUCCUACACCUGCUGCUUUCAUGAUCUCGAGAACGGCUUGCAAACACAUUGCUAUGCGCCUAUGGGAUUAAAUAUAAGAGGAAAGUGGACUCUUGGUGGAUCAUUACCAGGGGAGCCUGUUGCACCGGUUGAAAUGGGGGCUGGUGUACCUCUCGAUGGGCUAUGGUUGAGAGAAGAUGUGGAUAUGAAAUGCAAUAUCGUUAUGACAAGUUUUGUCAAGAAGACCAUUAAAAAAUCACACUCCGCGUUAGUUGAGCGUCUAGUGGUCAAAGCCCAGAUGCUAGAUCGUUCUAUCAGAAAUUCUCGACUGAAUGAGGAGACAUUUAGUAUGCCGGAACUCACCAUAUCGAGACCCUCUUCGUCACAAACGCCGUCUUCCCAAACACCAACUGCAUAUUCUCCUGCCAGUGACUAUGGCAAUGAUAGUGCGUCUGCAGGGUCGGAAGUUGGCUCACCACAAUACACCACACUCGCUAUGCAAAACACGCAGGCUUCACAAACACCAAAAGCCAAUCCACCAGCGGCCUCGCUGUCACAGGUCUCGGAAGUACCUCCAGCCCUUCGAGUUGGGCCGCCUCAAAAUCAAGCGAAGCCCGACUGUAACGAAAAGCCAAUCUAUCCUAAAUAUGAUCCCUCAGCAUAUCCCCGAGCGCUUAACCCUCGCCGAGAAAGUGCAUCAUCCUGGAAUGCUUCUAUACACGGCCCAGAAGUUUCGAAUGGUCGCAUGUCUUACCAAAGUCCUGCUAGUGACGUCCGUAAUGAGAGUAAUAGGGCAAGGGUGGCAUCGUGGCAAAAUCCAGCGGGAAGCAAUAUGUGGAAUACGUACCGGCCACUAAACGCAGCAACUCAGAGAGUCCCCGGUCAUCACCGCAGUGCUUCUUCCCAGUUAGAGUAUAGGACUUCGCCUCCUGUGCACGAAAGGAGUGACGAGUCUGGAAGGCAGGAUAUGGGGAAUAGGGUGGUUUCACAGUUACCAGCUUAUCAUGCCGAGUUGGAAGGAUAA